CACUGCUUGGAAAGAGACUCUUGUCUAUUUCAUAACCUUCUUUCCUUCCUUCUUCCUUCUUAUCCAUCUUCUUCUUCUUCUCCUCUUCUAAGAUAAGAAAUCAAACAUCAUUCACAAAGUGAAUUAGAAAAAACAACCAAAUGGGGAAUUGCCAGGCUGUUGAUGCAGCUGCACUAGUAAUACAACAUCCAAGUGGUAAGAUAGACAGGAUGUAUUGGCCUAUGACAGCUAGUGAAGUUAUGAAAAUGAACCCUGGUCACUAUGUUUCUCUCAUAAUCCCUCUUCCAAUCUCCUCCUCCGAUGACAAUUCCGAUGAUAAAACUGUUCGUUUCACACGCGUUAAGCUUCUCCGGCCAACGGAUACUUUAGUCCUUGGCAGAGCUUAUAGACUUGUCACAACACAAGAGGUGAUGAAGGUGUUGAGAGCUAAGAAACAUGCAAAGAUGAAGAAGAAUCAGCCAGAGUUACAAGAAAAUCAAAGGUCAAGCUGUGAACUUGAAGCUCGAAACUCUGAAUCAGAUAAGAACAAGGCUAUAAGACAUGAAGGAAACAGGCAAAGACCUGGAACAACAAACUUAGCUGCUGCUUCAAGGUCCAAAUCAUGGCGUCCGAGUUUACAGAGUAUCUCUGAGUCCAAUAGCUAAUGAAUGGUGCCAACUCGAUCACCGGACAACGGAGGACUUCUAAAAUCAUGGAAGAUAUGCACAAGGAACUCACAGAAGUUGGUGGUUCUAAUGUCUUGUUCAUCCAAUUGUCUAAGUUCAUGAGGGAUGUUGAGCAAUAAUGCUUUUGUAUAGAAGAGAAAUGGAACUACUACUAACUCUACCUUGAUAGAAAGAACAUCCUAUAAUGGAAAAUACAUAUUCUCCUGAA